AUGAGCCGAGCGGCAGAUUACGUUUUCCCGAAGGCGGAUGCACUGCAAUGCAUCCCAGAAUUCAGGGGACACAAAGAUGAACUGGAAGCGUUCCUAUACCAUGUUCAGCAUUUCGCAGACGAAAUCCCAGAAAACGGGUCACACAGUGCACUAAUUUAUGUAGUCCUACUAAAACUAAAAGGCAAAGCAGCGGCAGUUUUGCCUCGGAUCAAGGCGGAGAGCUGGCCAGAGGUCAAACGCAACUUGAUCAAAGAAUUCGGUUCCAUUGAGAACAUCGAGUCGGUAAUAAAACGGAUCGAAACGCUACGACAGGAACCGAGCGAAGAUUACAGCGCAUAUAAAAGGAGAACGAUAGAGAUAAAAGAAUUGCUGGAUACAUUUGAAAAGAAUCAGGAGGGUGCAGCGGGUUCUGCAGUGGAAAGAAGCCUCAGGAUUCAUUUUAUUGGGGGUUUGCGGAUUUCACAUCUGAAGUUAAUGGCGGGAGGAAAUAAGAAAUUGAGCUUAGACGAGCUGCUGGACCUACUGGAGGAACGAGGGGAGGAAUGCGAACAACUCGCGGAUGUAGAAAACAGACUACGCUGUUUGGAUCUACUGGAGCAAGAGAAAGAGAGAGGCGGUAGGCGCUGGCAACCGAAUGGGACAGGUAGUAGCACCCAAGGAGGAGGCCGGGAUGGUUUCAACGGAGCCGGGAGCUCGCAGAACAGGGGCAAUGAGCGAUUUAGCAAUCGCCAGCGGCAGAUCAAUUGUACACGAAAUAACGAGGCCCAAGAUUACAGACAGCAGCCAGGUGGGAACAGUAGCAGCACCAACAACUACAAUUACAAUAACAAUCGUAACUACAGGGAAAACGCUAAUAGGGGAAACGAGCGACAACAAAAUAACGGGAACUACGGAAGCCAGUCAGGGGGCGGCUGGCCUAAUCAGGGUAGAAACCUUGACAGCAACCAAACCAACCAACAUAAUAAUAACGAUCGCUACCGAGGUUCACAGGGAGCGCGUUGGAACGGGUACAUACACCAAACCGAAUCACAAGAUUGGCGGGUUGCCGCUCGGAAUAACAACCAGCAAAGCAAUCGAAAUAGUUACAAUAAUGAUGGGUAUGACAACAAUCGAUAUAAUGACCGCCAGUAUCACCACCAUGAUGAUGGUUUUAAUUACGGCAACAAUAGAGGAAGAUCUCCCGGGCGCGGAAAUUACAAUAAUAAUAAUGGUAGAUAUAAUGAUGCGUACGAUCGCCAAUUUCGAAGCCGAGGCUACGAGCGCUACCAACAAUCAAAAAACUAG